UAUUAGCCCCCAUUGCAUAUAAGUAGGGCUACAGCAAAGCUCCAGCUUACCUCUUCAGCCGUUUCUCCUCGUCUAUUACACGAUAAUGGCGGCGGCGGCAACAACCUCUUUCUCAACCUUGGCACCUACCGCUUCGUCGUCGGCAGCAUCGGCUUCUCUCAAGCUCGCCCCCCAAACCCUAGGGUUUAAUGUCGGCUUUCUGUCUUCCAAAACUUCCUCCAAAUCCCUCAAAGCCCGCUCUAAUGGCAGUUCUGGAUCUGCUCUUGGGGCUCGGAUGGUUUCUGCCCCAGCGAUAACUAAGCCUCCGACGCUGCUUGAUUUUGAAACAUCUGUUUUCAAAAAGGAGAAGAUUAACCUUGCCGGUUAUGAUGAGUAUAUCGUGAGAGGAGGAAGAGAUUUGUUCCAUUUGUUGCCUGAUGCCUUUAAAGGUAUCAAACAGAUUGGGGUUAUUGGAUGGGGUUCUCAGGGUCCUGCACAAGCUCAGAAUCUUAGGGAUUCCCUUGUCGAAGCAAAAUCUGACAUCGUAGUGAAGAUUGGAUUACGAAAGGGUUCAAGCUCGUUCAACGAAGCUCGUGGUGCUGGUUUCUCUGAAGAAAACGGAACUCUCGGAGACAUUUAUGAAACCAUCUCCGGCAGUGACCUGGUUCUGCUCUUGAUAUCCGAUUCAGCUCAGGCUGAUAACUAUGAGAAAAUCUUCUCACACAUGAAACCAAACAGCAUCCUAGGACUUUCCCAUGGAUUCCUUCUUGGACACCUUCAAUCAGCUGGACUUGAUUUCCCCAAGAACAUAAGCGUGGUUGCCGUUUGCCCUAAGGGCAUGGGUCCAUCAGUAAGGAGACUGUAUGUUCAAGGAAAAGAGAUCAAUGGAGCUGGAAUCAAUGCCAGUUUUGCAGUUCAUCAGGAUGUUGAUGGAAGAGCCACUGAUGUUGCACUUGCAUGGUCUGUUGCCCUUGGUUCUCCUUUUACAUUCGCCACCACACUUGAACAGGAGUACAAGAGUGACAUAUUCGGGGAAAGAGGUAUUUUACUUGGUGCUGUGCAUGGUAUUGUGGAGUCUUUGUUUAGAAGGUAUACAGAAGGUGGUAUGAGUGAAGAUUUGGCUUACAAAAAUACAGUUGAAUGCAUCACUGGGAACAUAUCAAAGACAAUCUCAACUCAGGGAAUGAAAGCUGUGUAUGAGUCAUUAACAGAAGAAGGCAAGAAAGAAUUCUUAACAGCAUACAGUGCCUCAUACUACCCUUGCAUGGACAUUUUAUACGAGUGCUAUGAAGAUGUAGCAAGUGGCAGUGAGAUAAGAAGUGUUGUGCUAGCUGGACGUCGAUUUUAUGAAAAAGAGGGAUUACCAGCUUUCCCCAUGGGGAAAAUCGACCAGACCCGUAUGUGGAAGGUCGGUGAACGGGUCCGUGCUAGCCGACCCGCGGGUGAUUUGGGUCCGUUGUAUCCCUUCACAGCAGGUGUCUAUGUUGCACUGAUGAUGGCACAGAUUGAGGUGUUGAGGAAGAAGGGGCACUCAUACUCUGAGAUUAUCAAUGAAAGUUUGAUUGAGUCUGUGGAUUCUUUGAACCCGUUUAUGCAUGCGCGAGGUGUGUCGUUUAUGGUGGACAACUGUUCGACAACUGCAAGGUUGGGGUCGAGGAAGUGGGCCCCACGGUUUGACUAUAUUUUGACCCAACAGGCUUUGGUGGCGGUUGACAAUGGGAGCCCGCUUAACCAGGAUCUGAUUAGCAACUUCUUUGAGGACCCGGUUCAUGAAGCGGUUAAGGUGUGUGCUGAGUUGAGACCAACAAUUGACAUAUCGGUGCCUGUUGAUGCUGAUUUUGUGAGACCCGAGUUGCGACAAGCGAGCAACUAGGUCAAGGUGGGCCCAUGUAUGGUUCAUAUAUUUCAUAUCAAGGUAUGGUUCUAGUUUUAUUAUGUGUUUUGUAGAAUGUUUGUGUUUUUUUUUCGAUGGAUGUUGUGAUGGAUUUUGUUGAAUUUUGUAAUAAUGGAAGUGGUCCAGAGUUGGGUUUUUUUUU